AUGAUGGUCGUCGAGAACGCGAUCAAUGUUGCCCCCGAUAAUAGCGGAUCGCAGACUGGAAAUUAUUGGUAUGAUUUUCCAACCAGCGCCCCGUACCUCAUGCAGAACGGCUCGUUCGCCGUGGAGUUGCCGAAUUACGGCUAUAAUAUCCUGAGCGGCGAGCUCACACAGUACAUCAACUCGAGUGCCGUGGCUGCUGCUUGGGUUCAGCAAAACGUCUUUAUUGCAAAGCGUACCGACGACAUCUCCGGUACAGCUCCCUGUGACAUGGACCUCGACAAACUUGAUGGCGCCCGCGCGUGCUCAUCUGAUGGGAGCACUGCCUACUUCUUUAUGGUCAGCCAGGAGUUGGUACCCUCAUAUGCCUGGGGUGACUAUUCAGGUACUCCCGGAGUGUCAGAUGUCGGGAACUAUGGGCUCGAUCUGUACACUAUGGCUACGGCAGCGGAGUGGGUCCAGGACAACUACUUCAAUUCUUCGGGAUACUUCCCUAAUGUUUCGCCCACCGACAUGGUCAAGGAUUUCACGUCCCAGUACGACCCCCUGCCAAACGGCUACUUUAUCAACAUCCCCGUCAUGGAUGCCGAUGGUUUGAGUGAGCCAGAUCUCUACGACCAGGGUGGCGCGGAGCUUGGGACUGAGGCCCUCUUCAUUGUCGAGGUCAUGAACGAGCUUCCGAACCUCAACAAUUGGCCAUACUCAAUUGAUUAUAAUUGA